AGCUGUCGAGUGCUUGUCAUCGGCGCCGUCCUGCUAUGCGUCGACCGGCACGCCGACGCUCGGGCCCGCCGCUCGCUGGCCCCCGGCUUCCGUCCACUGGCCGACGUUGAGCGGCACGCCGAUGGCCCGGCCGCGGCGGUGGCCCCCGUUGCCGCUCCUGUUGCUGUUGGCGGCUGCGGUGGUGCUGCUGCUGUUGCCCGCUGCCGCCACUUAUGCCCACAGGCACCGCAGGGAUCACACUCGGGAAUUUUCAUGUGGGCGCCUGUACUAUCGAACAUUCUACAUGGACCGCAAACGCGAGAUCCUUUUUGUUGGUGGCAUGGACAAAGUUUUCCGGCUCAGCUUGGCAAAUAUUAAUCGAACCAAGUGCAAUGACCGGAGUCUCAGUGCCAACAAGGACGUUGUUUCUACCUGUGUUUAUAAAGGAAAGCGAGAGGAUUACGAGUGCAGGAACCACAUCAAGGUUAUCCAGCCCAUUGGAGAUGGAACAAAGCUCUACAUAUGUGGAACAAAUGCACAGAAUCCAAGGGACAUGGAAAUUUAUAGUAGCAACCUGACAGAAGUGUCGAAAAGUCAGCUGACAUUGCGAGACAUUGGUCGGGGUAUAGGAAAAUGCCCGUUCGAUCCAGAUGAUAACUCUACGGCUGUUUGGGUUGAACAUGGAAACCCUGGGGACAUGCCAGGAUUGUACAGUGGGACGGUCGCCGAAUUUACCAAGGCUGACACUGUGAUUUUUCGAUCGGCGCUGUUCAACAGGACAACUCACGAACAAAGCGAGUUCUUCAUGCGCACGCUCAAGUAUGACUCCAUGUGGCUUGACAAGCCCAACUUUGUAGGUUCCUUCGACAUUGGAGAUCACGUGUUCUUCUUUUUCCGGGAGAGUGCUGUUGAGUACAUCAACUGCGGCAAAGUAAUCUACUCACGAGUGGCUCGUGUGUGUAAGAAAGACACAGGCGGGAAAAAUAUUUUAACCCACAACUGGGCAACCUUCCUCAAAGCGAGGUUGAACUGCUCACUUCCUGGGGAAUAUCCUUUCUACUUCAACGAAAUUCAGGCUGUUUACAAGUUCCCUGACGAUGACAGCAAUGUCUACGCUGUCUUUACAACGUCACUUCACGGAGGUCCGCAUGGCUCGGCUGUGUGCUCGUUUCGGUUGAGUGACAUACAGGGUGCUUUUGGGGGUAAGUUCAAGGAGCAGAAGACAUCAUCAUCUGCCUGGCUUCCCGUGCUGACAAGUCAGGUGCCUGAGCCACGUCCGGGACGAUGCGUCAACAGCACCAAGACGCUGCCCGAUGCCGUGCUCAAUUUUCUCCGCACCCACACUCUCAUGGACUCGGCUGUGCCGGAGUCCGGUGGAAGACCUGUUUUCUACCGUGAGAAUGUCGUGUUCCUCUCGCUUGCUGUGCACAAGGUGGAUGUGGAUGGUGUUGACUACCUCGUCUACUUCGCUGGCACUCGUGAUGGAUUGGUGUACAAGAUCGUGGAGUGGAAAGACCGCUCGGGACAAUCCUUCUCCAACCUGGUUGACGUAAUUGAAGCGAGCCCUGGGGAGCCCGUUCGCACCAUUGACAUCUCUAGUGAGCACAAGUCAGUGUACCUGGGUUCGGACGAUGGCGUCCGGCAGGUGCGCCUGGACCUGUGUCGUGGCCGACACCUGAGCUGCCUGCGCUGCGUUGAGGAUCCCUAUUGCGGUUGGGACAGGGAUCAUCAUGAGUGCCGCUCCUAUGUGACAGGUUUCCUGCAAGAUGUAAGCAAUGCUACUCCAGACAUCUGUGAAGAAAGUGUUCGCCGGCGCCAGUUGCAUGCCCACUGGGGUGAAAGUGUCCAUCUGAGCUGUCAGGGCCACCAUCCAGAGCUCAUGGAGCCACCAGCGGGAACCACCGGACCCGGGACCGCCCACAGCAAGGUGCCUCUGUGGUACCAUCAACACGGUAGAGAGCGCCGCCUGGUGACACCCAAGAGAGACAAGUACAUCCACACUACUGGACACGGCUUGGUGCUUAUGUCGCUCACUGAGAGAGACUCUGGCCACUAUGAUCUCCAUUUGGAAUCAGUUGGCACUCUCUGCAGCUACAACCUUACCGUCGAUGCUGAGACCUGUGGAACCCCAACAGAAACUGACUAUAGAAAGAUAUACUCAAACUGGUGCCAUGAAUUUGAGAAAUACAAGCUGGCAAUGAAGACUUGGCAGACCAAACAUGCUAAAUGCCAAGGUGGAGGUCACCCGAAUGAUGUCACCUACCAAGGAAGGGCACCAGCUGCCUAAGACUGAACAAAGGCUUUUUGUUCUCCUUGCUGCGAUGAAGGUCACCCAUGAAGGUCAACCGACUCUUUGUCAAAUCGAAGAGCUCUCCCACUGUCAGCCUGGAUCCUAGGUCCACAUCCGUGUGUUUUUUUUUUCUGCACGGAGCCCUCUACUUACUAUUUUUUGGGCUGCUUUACCAGCUGAACUUCUCAUACUCUUUAACAUGAUGGCAUCAAAUAUUGCCAAUUGCAGCUCCUACCUAUACACAACUCUCAAAGAGUGUGGUCGAACAUAUUCAACAAAGCUUCACAGACUAGGAGCUGUGAGACUGAACUUAUGGUAGCCCAAAAUUUUUGACCGUUCAAGAAACCGAGAACUUGACAUGUACCCUGUAGUUUCUUAGUUGGUGUGCUGUGUCAUAGCUAAUCUAAUGUGCACCGUACAAUGGCUGAGUGAAAUGCGGUGCACCUGGAACACGUCUAAUAAUAUGCAGCAGCAACACAUUAACGAGAGUGCUGGUGGAGACAUGCCUGUAUUUGUUGUUGCGGCCAUCGAAUUAAGUUUUUUUUUUGUAUGCUUGGCACAGCAAGAAAUCAGCUGAGGCAUAUCGAUAGUACUCCCUCUUUCUAUACCGGUCCCAAUGUGUGUUUCGUGUCUAGCGGUUAUUGUAAAUAUGCCUUUUAGUUUGACUAUGAGUAUCUUGUUUGUGUUGUGUUUAGUGAAAAUGUUAGAAGGGAACAACAUGAUGUAGAUCAAAAACUUUUUUUUUUACUUUCAAGGUCACUACAUUGCAAUAGGCUCAGGAGGAUAAAGUACUCGUAUCUGCACACACACACACACACACACACACUCUGUAUAUCAGCGUCAUUUUUGAUGCAUGCUUUUACUGUGCGACUAGCUGUAGCAUUCAGCAAUCUCUUUUAAUUGCAAUUAGUGUGUGGAUGUGCAUCUUAAGUUCAUUCAUGCUAGCAGCAUAUUAAGUACACCAUAUACACAGACCAUAAUGUAAAUGAUAUUUUUGUAGAUCCAUGUAGGGAUUAUAUGCUUCAUUAGGUUUUAAAAUUGUGGACAUUAUAUAUAUAUAUAUAUAGCUUUAUCAAAAUUCAUUAUGGUGAAAAGUACAUCCACUGAGAGAAAUUCAUGGGAACAUGGAUAAGAAGGCAUGAGCCAACUCUUCUCAUUAAUGCAUGCAACUAUCACAUAGGUACACCUUUCUCAUUGUUUUCUGUUUUGAUGCUCCCAAAACUCAUGUGCGAAGUUUUACAAGCCUCAUAUCUAUAAGGAGCAAUUUUCAAAUAUUCGAUUUUUACACUGGUUAAAAUGGUAAUUGCGAGUAAAGUGCUGGUGUCAGGCAAAAAUGAAAAAAAGAAAAAAAGCAGAACUCCAAGUUGUAUUCACACUCGCGCUUUUCUAAUAUUGGUUUUUGUUGAUAGACAGUGCCAUCUCUAACAAAGGUCAUGCCACGGUAACUUAAGCUUGCUUCCUGUUAAUAUAAUGUUAUUGGGGCUUCUGAAUCGGCCUUCAGUAAUGUGUUUCAUGUCUAAAGACACAUCUUUAACUGCCUCGUGUAUUGCCGCUAUGUACCGUAAUGCAGUGCACAGUGCUUUGUGCCAUCUACUUGUAUUUUUUUAACUGUGCCGUGUAAAGUUUGGAUUAGCACGGGGUCUUGCUUAUCCAGUGUAUACCAUGGGUGUCAAAAUGAUCUUAAUUUUAAACAGCUUCUGAAUGCAUGGUGAUGUAAUGCAAGUGGGGUAUCAUACAACCUUGUGAGCAAUACUUAGGCCCUCGACAAAGGCGUAGCGCAAGACACCUUAUUAGGCUGUCUAGUUUCAAUGUCGGAUGUCUUGAGGCGUUAUGAAAAGCCGUUUCAUCUGCAAGAAGCAUGCCGGUGUCAGCUCUAGAGGGACACUAAAGAAUUUGCUACAUUUCAACAUGCAUGUUGCCAGAUUUUCUGUCUAGAAUCUCUUCGUAAUUGUCAUGUGAAAAAAAAAAAAGAUGUUAGAACAAAGCUUGUCUUACUUUUAUCUUGAGUGAGCUGUGCUGCAGUACCAUUGAUAUUAUGGUAAUGUCUGUCUAUCGUCAAUGCAUUUUCACAUCUUCAGGUAUUUUUACUUCUGCUAAGUUCACAGUUGACUCUUGCCACUUUGACCUAUGUUUCAGUAUUUUCAAAUUGCAGUUUCGUUGAGCUCUUUAACAAGCAGUCGACUAGGCACCCCUUUUUCUUUGGUGUCCUUUUAAUAAGAGUGGCGCAAGACACGCUGACCUGGGCACGUUUCUGGGGUCAGGCCUGCUUCGCAUAAACGCCUGUCCCCCACAUUUGCAGCAUCUGCACAAAUAUGUGUGCAUUGCUGACGACUUCUGAUGUCCUGUGCUGUACGAGCGCGCGUCAUAUAGAGUAUAUAUUUAUUUACACACCAUACAAUUCCUCUUGACCUCCAAGAUUACAUUGAGGCUUUUUACCUCUUGUAAGUACAUAAGUAGGUUGUGCUUCUCGAUUUGUAUAGUCGAAUUGCCUAGAAUGUGUUCAUAGUGUUGUGACGUGGUAAGAACUCUUGUGACUUUUAUCGUUUAUGGUGUCCGCAUUGCUGACGAUGCAAGAUGCAAAAGGAAGUUGUGAGCAAGGAUGCUGCCCAGAUGGAGAAGCUUUUUUUUUUCUUUGUAUUCUGAGCAGCGUGGUUGCUUGACCUACCCACUUUUGUCAUUAUCCCCUGUGGUUUUGAUGUAGGUCCUGUCUGCAUCCUGCUGCUUUUUGGCAGCAUGUGUUUGUGUGAAGAAGUGAACAUUUCAACACCAAUGAGGCAGUUUAAAUAAAUAUUCCCUUUUUACAUGUCA